AUGCCUUAUGCAAACGUGAUGCCUGAGGCCGAGCUGCACGACCCACAAGGCCUGCUGGUUGAACAUCACCAAACGGUGCGCAAAGCGUUUCAUCAAGCAGCUCUCAAGCUUCCGGUCAAACGAGCCAGUCUGACACGAAUGCAGGCUCGUCAACUACACGAGUGUCAUCAGGAGCAGGGAACAUCACUAAAUGGUCCGCAAGGCGUUCCAUCAAGCAGCUCUCAAGCUUCCGGUCAAACGAGCAAGUCUGACACGAAUGUGGGUUCGUCAACUCCAGCAGUGUCAGCAGGAGCAGAGCAAGCGGGUGGUAUGAAUAUAUUAGGCGGGCAGCAAAGCCGAACUACUUCUGGGGGAAGCAGCUCACUAACACCUAACCAUAUAAGUGGUUCUGGUACAUUGAUAGGUAAUGAGACUGUUUCAUCAGGUACUGGUGUGUCUGCAGGCACGAUAACUCAAGGGCAGCAGCAACAAAGAGGGUCUGAUCAACACAACUUGCAAAGUGGCACGGGAAGCAGUUCUCAAGUAAACACUGAAGUAGCUGGCUCUAAUAUGAGUGCAGUCCAGCAAUCUUCUUCAUCACAUUGGAACCACAUGACAGGUGUAGGGAUUUCAACCGGGUCCGGGCAUAGAAGGUCUGGAGUCUGCCAGGCUGCGGUGCACACGGCCUACUGCUUGUUCGAGGCGUAUGCUAUGUACGCCUACGACUCCUAUUCUGGAACUUGCUUCAUGAUAUACGACUGUUCGCUCUACGGAAAUAAGUUUCCUACCCUAGAGGCAUGCAAGCGAACGUGCAUACGAGGAGGAAGGCAACCGCAGCUUCAUGCACCUGACAUACAAAAAAUUCUUAACCUGACGCGGCCGUCCACUGAGAUGGUGCAGUCUUCCGUCAAAGGCACGCAAAUUUCACAACGACCGUCGGGCCCAGCUCAAGUACCAUCACUGCCUGGAGGCACACACAUAUCCGGCUCGCAAGGAAAGCUGAACACUUCAAUGCAACAGACAACCUCGGCGCAGUCAACGGUAAUUUCUUCUACAGGAACAUCAGUAGGCCAAACAGAAACCGGGUCCACGAGCCAGCAGGCUUCUGGUCAGGGCCAAAUUAGUGGUGGUCAAGUGGCUACGCAGUCAUCAGGUGGCGGAGGUGCUACAGUGACCCAAUCAGCCCAAGAAAAACAAGAAAGCGAUCAAGAGGUGGCGAUGGAUGAAAAAUGGUUCAAUGAAUUAGGUGAAUCAAGCACAUUGGAACAACAACAGAAGGUUCUGAAAAAGAUGAACCUGCGAUCCGUAAAAGUGACAAAACCCAAAUUAUCUCCAUACGAUAAGAAAUGCCGCUUCAUAGUACCAAAGGCCGUAACUAAAGGUUGUGCACGUCCAAGGUGGUACUACGAUGGCAAGACUCGGAGGUGUCAUCAGAUCUGCAGCAAAAAGGCACCAUUUUCCAACAAAAUAGCCUGCGAUGGAGUGUGCCGAUCUUUGGAGGCUUGUGAUUUCCCAAUGGCAAGCCUAUUUUGCUUCUUCCGUCCGGCGCACGAAGUGUAUAUUUACAAUCAGUACUCGAAGCGAUGUUUCAAGAGUUAUGAUUGCUCUACCUUUGGAAACAAAUUCCCUACCUUAAAAGAGUGUGAAACUACUUGCCAGCUGUAUGAGCUGCAACAACGAGUGAAUGCUUCGUCGAAAAACACGACUGAAGUUACAAUCAAUGGAAAUACAAGCACAUCUAUUACGAUUCCGCAGCAAUCAGCGUCGCAAUCAAGCAACUUGACCGAAAAAGGUUCCUCGAGUUCUCAAUCAGCCACAGAACUGCCUAAGCCAGCGCUAGGGACCUCAGGCGGUAAUGGUGAUAUACCAGCACAGGUUCCCACCACCAAUGUAAAUCAGAAUAUUGCAUCGGUUUCUAGUGGCACCCCUGCACAAGGAUAA